CUGCUUCAUCUAGUUUUUUUUUGGCAGAGGAGAAAAAAUAAAAACAAAGAGCAAUGAAGGUACGACCAAGCAAAGGCCGCAAGUAUCACAGCUUCACACCAGGCCAAAGAGAGAGAGAACUGCAGCCGGUCAACAUGGUAAAAUCGUUCAUUAAACUACAUCCGAAUUUGCAAAGCAACUAGCACUAAUCCAGAUCCAAGUCGCCUGGGUUUGCUGGUCAACUCUUGCUCGGUCGCGGUUAAGACUGGUCGUUUAAACGCCUCCUUUAUAUACCCAAAUCUUGGUUACGGGAAUGGCAGCUUGAAACCAAAGGGGGAUUUUGGACAGUGUCAGUUUGGGUUGCUAGUGUUUGGACUUGUUGUGAGGACGAUGGCUGAUCUUGUGGCCGUGGGCAUAAAGAGGAGGGACGCCGAAGUGGGCAGCCAUGGAUUCCCCAUCCUCCUUGGUCCCAAGAGGAUCAAACUAGAGGACGAGGCAGAGAUCCCGGAGCCGAUGGAAGAAGAGGAACCACUUGCAGACGUGGACGCAGACGCCGGUGCAGCAGCACCGGUCGUUGUGCAGGCGCAGCCAGCCGUGUCGGUGUCGAUGCCCUCACCGUCACCGCUGCAGCCAGCUCAGGGCCACGAGGAGGCUGCUGUCCUCCGUGAGCCGCAGCCUGGCCUGCAACAGGCGGCGCCGAUGGACGUCGAGGAGGAUUUCCGGCAGCCGCAGCCGCAGCCUGGCCUGCAUCCUCGCUUUUGGUCAGGUCUGUUCUGAUGGCGGGAGCUCCUGUUUGUGCAAGCGUGCAACAACCAAAAAGUGGCGCGCCACUGUUCCAGGCAGCCUUUGUCACCUGCUAGCUCCGUACACGCUGGAUUGAAUGUGCCGUCGCAGUAAUGUCUAGCUUCCUGCAAUUGGUGGUGUUGCAGUAGUCUUCGGUCCUUGGAACAUGUAGCUUUCGGAGACAGAGUACUGAAUAGAUCCACUGUUAAAUUACACUCUAUUAAAUAGUAUCAUCUAUAUUUUUGCGUUCCUUA